GUCGACUUUCUAUUUCAAAACGUUUUGUCUUGCAGGAAGGAAGAUAUCUCGGCAUUUCUACACCAAUCCGGAUCUGUCUAAAGAAAUAACGGACGUGAAACAAUAAACCGUUUGCUACGUAUUACUUGCACUCAGAAGGAUGAAUGCAGUUCCAGGUCGAAAGGCACCCAUGGCAUCGGGGUCGGCGCCUGACCUCAUGUACUGUCAGCCAUGCGCGGAGGAUGGCAAGAAAAUCCUCCCCGAUGCAUUCUGUCCCGUCUGCAAGGAGUUCCUGUGUUCUAACUGUGCCCGUGUUCACAGGAACAUGAAAAUAGCCAAAAGUCACGCCCUCCAGGACAAGACCAGUAUGCCUUCCUCAUUCCGCGCAGAGAGUGAAGAUGAGAAGUUUUCAGAAACAUGUCAACACCAUUCAAAGGAGUUUAUAAAAUACUACUGUCCGCGUCACGAUUCACUUUUGUGUGGAGACUGUGUAAUUGAGGAUGAAGACCAUCGCUCUUGUAAAGUAGAGAAGAUUCCGCAAGUGGCAAAACGAUACCAGGAAGGUGAAGAAUACAUCAGUCUGAAAACAGGACUUGGCCAGAUGGUCAGAGACAUUGAAAACUAUAUAUUGUACAUACAGGUGCGCAUAAAUUCAGUUGAUGAAGAAAGUCUCACCAAUAUCAAUGAGUUUCGGAAAUUCCGGAAUAAAGUUAACCAGUACCUGGAUAAAAGGGAAAAUGAACUCUUGGCAGAAAUUGAUCAGACGAAGCGGACAGCCAAGACACUCCUGAAUGAACUAAAAACAAAAUACACAAACAUAAAAUCAGCCACUGAGAAACUACAGUCGGAUCUACACGCACAUGAAGCCAAUAGCAACCAGCUGUUAAUAGUAGGAAAACGAGCUAUCAAAGAGUUGGAAGAUCUCCAGAUAGCCCUGGAAGAGGUCAGCAUGAGUAAGGACGUUUCCAGGUACACGUUCGACAGGGACCCCGCAACGGAGCGGUUGCUAGCUUCUGGAACAGCGAUAGGUAGGUUAAAAGAAGGAGAAUCAACUUUAACGUUAGGACAGCAGCAAAAAAACAGGAGAACAAGCAACAAGAACAACGAAAACAACAGGAGACAAAGCAGCAACAACACAAACCUACACAAGCUCCAUCACACAAAGUCAACUUCAAGAGUAGUGUAGACCUAAGCCAGUCCCAGUUCAGCAGACAGCAUGACAUUCCAAUGAAGACAUCAGAUGAUACCCGUAACUGCUAUCUGACAAGUGUGGCCUGCUUGUCCGGGAACAGGAUCCUUCUAGCUGAUUACAACAACCAAUCAGUGAAACUGGCUGACACCAAGACCAACAUGGUGUUGUCCGAAGUUGCUCUGUCAGGUAGACCAUGGGACUUGUGUCUCCUGCCCGGUGACAGGGCAGCCGUCACUCUGACUACAAUUGCGAGGAUACAGUUCCUGUCAACGAAAGGAACAAUCUCACUACAGGACUAUGUUGAAGUAGGCGUAUUAUGUGAUGGAAUAGAUUUCUGUGAUGACAACUUGAUAGUAUCUUUUAACUCCCCAGGUAAGGUUGUGUUGAUGGAUAUGGAGGGAAAUUAUAAGGCGAUUGUGGACAAGAACAAUGGAAAAUCUUUGUUUCAGCGUCCUACAUUUGUGACAGUGACCAGGGAGAGCAAGACACCCACCAUAUAUGUUUCAGACAUCGAAACCGACGUCAUCACCAUGCUUAGCCCCUCCCUACAGGUCAUCCAGACCAUCCAACAAUCGGCACUGACUACACCAUGUGGUAUGGCACCUGUUGGGGACAACCAGCUUCUCGUGUAUGGGUGGGGCAGUAACAACAUCGUGUUGCUGGACACGCAAACCGGCAAAAUAACCCAACUGCUUGGAGAGGAGGAAGGGAUAGAGUUUCCACACUGUGUGGCUUACUGUCAACAGCAGAAGUUGAUGUUUAUUCUCAGCUACGAUACCAGCGGCAGCAGUAAACCUGAAUUGACCGAUUUCGUGAAAGUCUUCCACGUAAUAUGAGUGUAAUCUAUAUCCUAGUUCUCGUAAGUAACAGGUCGUGUCAUAAUUGAUAAUAAUAAAAUAAUGAAUGAAAACAUGCAUUGUAUUUGUAUAAUUAGUUUAAAUGUUCGAAGCUGAUUGUGUAUCAAAUAUACAUCCAAGUCUGCUUCUUACCACACGAGACCGAAACAUGCGUUAAAGUGUAAAUCUGUAAAUUAAUGAAAUAUUUAUAAUGUUAAAAUGCAUAAAACUUUGAUUCUGAGAAAUCGUAUAACCGAAUAUUUCUGUUUUAUUGAAUGUUCAGUGCUGUAGUGUAAUAUGAACGGUUUGUCGUUUUUGACUCAUUUUGUAAUUAGAAAUUAUGAUGUCUAUUUAUUGUGUGAAAAACUAAUCAAACGGCAACAUGUACAUAUAAAUUCCUUUAUGAUUGUUUUAAUGUAAAAAAGAUUGACCCGUUUGUGACUUGUGUUUUGUGAAAUUCAGUAUAAAUAGAUAAUGUGAUAAAGUGUAAUUAAUACAUUAAGUGAUAGAAAAUCGAAUAAAUGG